UUCUCCUGACCGUUAUGAGAAUAAAGAAACAGCCUGUCAACUGUUCCUAUAUCACCGUCGGAAACCAAAAGAGUGACUCGGCCAUUGACAACUACUUCGAAGUUCUGCUUCGCACGCUACCUGUUCGACGAAAUACCUAACUGAGACAUUGGCUUUAAAAUGAACCAAUCAAGCAAACCUUUCAAACUCACCAUCUUCAAAACCCCACAAAAACCCCCUUCCACCACCACCACCACCUUCUCCCGACAGCCACCGCUAGACCUCACCACCAUCACCAAUCUAAUCCUGAAAGCAGAAAACCAAGACUCGCUCACUCAAACCCUCCACUCCAUCUCCGAGUGGACCCCACACCUUGUCCAAACAAUCCUCAAACGGAUAUGGAACCACGGCCCUAAAGCCCUCCUAUUCUUCGACGCUCUCGAUAUGAACCACCAUUCCUACCGCCACUCCGCUGCCGCUUUCGACCACGCCAUCGACAUCGCCGCCCGCCUUCAGGACUACAAAGCCACAUGGACCCUCGUCUCGAAAAUGAGAUCAAGAAAAUUGGGCCCCACCCCCAAAACAUUCGCCAUCAUCACCGAACGGUACGUCUCCGCCGGAAAAGCCGAUAAAGCCGUCAAGAUAUUCUUGUCCAUGCACGAGCAUGGAUGCCAGCAGGAUUUGCAUUCGUUCAACACAUUGCUCGAUAUUCUAUGUAAAUCGAAACGCGCAGAAAUGGCGUAUAAGUUGUUCAAGAUUUUUCGAGGCAGGUUUCGAGCCGACGUGAUUAGUUACAAUAUAAUAGCCAAUGGGUUUUGUUUGAAGAAGCAAACUCCCCGAGCAAUGGAGGUUAUGAGGGAGUUGGUCGAUCGAGGCUUGGAACCAACUUUGACAACUUAUAAUAUAUUGCUCAAGGGCUUUUUUCGAAGCGGGCAAAUUAAAGAAGGGUGGGAAUUUUUCAUGGAAAUGAAGAAGAGAAAGAUCGAAAUCGACGUUGUGAGCUACACGACGUUAGUUCAUGGGUUUGGCAUUGCAGGCGAGGUUGAGAAAUCAAGAAAAGUGUUUGAUGAGAUGAUUGGAGCCGGUGUGUUACCUUCGGUCGCUACGUACAACGCUCUCAUUCAAAUUCUAUGCAAAAAAGAUUGCGUCGAAAAUGCCCUCUUAGUGUUCGAUGAAAUGUUGAAGAAGGGCUACGUGCCGAAUGCAACGACAUACAAUGUAGUUAUUCGAGGGUUGUGCCAUGCCGAGAAAUUGGAUACGGCCAUCGAGUAUAUGGAUAAAAUGAGGCAAGAUUGCGAGCCGGUUAUUCAAACGUUUAAUGUCGUGAUUAGGUAUUGUUGUGAUGGCGGAGAAAUCGAGAAGGCUUUGGAGGUAUUCGAGAAGAUGAAUGGUGGGGAGAAUUGUCUGCCUAAUUUGGAUACGUAUAAUAUUUUGAUCGGUGCUAUGUUCGUAAGGAAGAAUGCGGAUGAUUUGUUGACUGCCGGAAAGUUGUUGGUGGAAAUGGUGGAUAGAGGAUUUUUGCCUCGGAAAUUUACGUUUAAUCGGGUUCUAAACGGGCUUAUGUUGACAGGGAAUCAAGGGUUCGCGAAGGAGAUUUUGAGGGUGCAGAGUAAAUGCGGCCGUCUUCCUCGAAAUUUUAGAUUGUGAGGAUGCAACUGUUGUAAGUUAUCUAUCUAGAGUUUAAUUUCUUUUGAAUAGUUUGUUGAAAAUUUAAAUUAAUGUGUGAUUUAUUUCA